UUGGACGCGAUUGUGACGCAGGCGUGACGCGGGCGUAGCCGCUCCCGAGGCGCUCGCGCUGCUCCUGUCGCGCUCUGAGGCGGUCGUAGCUCGGCCCGUAUCACCAGGCCCGGGCCACCCCCUGGCCUCUGCCGCCCGCUGCCCGCCAUGGACGACUACGCGGUCCUGUCGGACACCGAGCUGGCUGCCGUGCUGCGCCAGUACAACAUCCCGCACGGGCCCGUCGUGGGUUCCACUCGCAAGCUCUACGAAAAGAAAAUCUUCGAGUAUGAGACCCAGAGGCGGAGGCUCUCGCCCCCUAACUCGUCCGCAUCCUCUUUCUCCUGUCGGUUCUCGGACUUAGAUUCAGCGUCCGUGGACUCGGAGAUGUACGAUCUGCCCAAGAAAGAGGACGCCUUACUUUACCAGAGCAAGGGCUAUAAUUAUGACUACUGUGAGGAGAGUUACUUGACCACCAGGACUUACGGGGAGCCUGAGUCUGUGGGCACAUCCAAGGGCUUCCGCCAGCCCUCGGCUUCACUCUCAGAUGCUGACACCUUUCACCACCAGGUUCACGAUGACAAUCUUUUCUCUUCUGAAGCGGAGGGCAAGGAUAGGCCUUCCCGGCCUAUCUGCUCCCCUCUUUGCCUCAGGGAACGCCCCGUGUAUGGCCGGGACAGUGCCUACCAGAGCAUCGCACACUACCGCCCUGUUUCCAACGUCUCCAGAAGCUCCCUGGGCCUGUCCUAUUACCCCACCUCCUCCUCCACCUCUGCCGUGUCCUCGCCUUCAUCUCCUCCUUCGUGGCUCGCCCGCCGUGCCAUCCGGCCAGAAAAGCGGGCCCCUGGGGCUGCUCUGGGCCAGGACCACCAGGUCCCGCUCUGGGGCCAGAUGCUCCUGUUUCUCAUCUUUGCUGCCUUCCUGGUUUUUGUUUACCACUGCAUGCAGGCCUAGGAUAGCAACCCCUUCCGGGCGGAGCCCUAACACUCUGGCCUUGUGGCUUGGGGCCAGCUGCUCUUGGAAGUCCUGGCUGACUGCCUUAGCAGUGUUUUCUGGGGGAGGGGGGUUGGGGCUUUUCUGCGUGUUCUAGCUUGGGGGUACUGGGACAGGGGCAGUGUUUGCUUCCCCUGCCUUGUCCUGUCGGGGAGGCAGCAGGCCUGGGCCUCUGCAGCAUGGUGGGCCUGGACAGGUGUUCCUCUGGAGCCUCCUGGCCCUACUUGCCUCUGACCCUUAGGGCCUAGGAGGGCAAGAGCCUUCUCCUGGAGAGGAGAACAUGGGUGUCAUCAUUGCAUGCCUCCUGUUCAUUGUCACCUCAUUGGGGGGGAUUGACCAAAGGACACCCUGACUUUGUUUUCGUGGACAAUAAAAAGACCGUUUAUUUUUAA